AUGGAAAGCAUGGAGUUAGAGCAUGUGUGGGGAAAUAUAGUAAAAAUUGCUACCCCUAGUACUACCAGUUUAGACAGCUCGGAUGAGGACAAUAUUUCUUAUGUAAGUAAUAGUAUUAUAGAAAAAAAUAAAUUAUUUGAUAAUAUAAAUUACGGAUUGGACAGCAAAAUAAAUGACGAUGAUGAUUCGAACAAGGUUGAUAAUGAUAUUAAAAAAAAAUGCAUAGGUUGCAAUGAUGACAAUAUUGGAAUUAGUGAAGAUCAAACCUUAUCUGAUAUUGAACAUGAAGAUAUAAUAAAAUUAAUAAAAAGAGCCAUGAAAAAUAAAAAUAAAAAAAAGGAUUAUGAAUUUCGAAAAUAUAUAUCUGAAAGUAAGCUAUUUUUUAUUUUUGUACAUAUAUUUUUGGAUUUACUAAAAAAUAAAGAUAAAAUUGAAAAUCCAUAUGAAUAUAUUAUUAAUUGCUUUAAAAUAAAUUCAAAUGAGACAAGUAGUUUUGAUGAAGAUGAAAAAAAGAAAUUCAUUAAUGAAAAUAAAUUUUAUAAAAAAGAAAAUGAAGAAUUAAUUAAUAAAAUAAAUAAUAUACAACUCAAGAUUGUUGAUGUUCAAAAAAAUUGCAUAAGCAGUAAUAAUGUAGAAUAA